GCAUAAUUGUAGCUUUCAUCCGGUGUUAGUAUAUGGAGCCGUUGCAAGGCACUGGCAGUGCUAGAGUUUGAAGAACUGCAGUAUACGUCGCCAGAGAAGAAGAAGGAUAACCAUGACCGAGAUAGACGUUCCGGAAAAAGCAUUGAAAAUGCUGGGCACGCAGCGGACCUACAAGGAGGGCAUGUUGUUCAAGAGGCAGAGAGGACUGCACAGUAACCAAAAGAAGCUCAAGUUUCAGGAGAGGUUCUGCCGCCUCACGAGCCACUCGCUGGACUACUUCGACCCCCAUCCCAAGAAAAGGGGUGACCCCAAAGGGCAGUUUGCUGUGCAGCAGAUUCGAGUCGUCGAAACAAUGCCCUGUGAGAUCUUUGGGAAGGACUACGCCCACCUAUAUCCAUUCCAGGUUGGAGAUCAUUCUGAAACCAUGUACUUCUGCACAAAGACAACAGAAGAGAGAGACGAGUGGCUUUUAGCCUUCAGGAAAGCGUCACGAGACAAAGGGACUCGAAUGCUGACCCACUACCACAAGGGGAUAUUUGGACUCAACCUGAAGGGUCGCUGGGGUUGCUGUGGGAGUCCACAGAGAGCUGCUUCUGGCUGCUCACCCAUCCCAGAGACACAAUCUCCUCCGAGGACUCCACAGGCUGCGAGGACAAUGAGCAUCUUCGAAGAUUUCGACAGCGGUGGUGGUGGUGGUGAGCUUGGCGGUAGGAGAAAGCCUCGUGCCGACACGUUUGCAGAUUUCACGAUGGCCGGAGGAGACGGAGGAGGGUGCUACGGGACGUGGGACGGGAGCGAGGGAUUACUGAGGUCGGACGACCACGGGAAGAUCUCGGGCAGCGAGAGUCCACAGGAGUCGCCCCGCGUCCGCUCCUUCACUCUCAUCGCUCCCGUUCGAUCCAAACCAGAUCCAAAGAAGGUCGUCAUGAGUGGUGGUAAGAGAAGCACAAUGGGCUUCGACCACUUGGACGGAGACAGGAGAGAUUUGAGCCGCUGAAGGAAAUAGAGGAGGUUCGAAGGAAGCCACCUCAGGCAUGGAGCAGUGACCUGCCGGCCGACCGAGAAGAAGGCAAGAGAGCCUCCUCUCCCUCUCCCUCCGAGGAUAGCGGGAAGGGGACCAGCACGGGGAGCUCUCGGCCGAGUUCACAGGUCAUCACCGGGGACGCAGAGGAAGGAAUGCGUCCUGGUCGCAGCUGGAGCCAUGGGAAGGGCAACGUUCUGUCUCCGCUGACGGACCAGGUGGCACCCGCACCUCUCCCUCCUCCUCCUCCUGCUGCUGCUAGCAGUGAUGAGGUCCUCAGGGGACCCUCUGCCAGGGAGGGGACUGGAGAGCCAGAUGGCAAAGUAGCAGAGGAGAGGAAGGAGAACCAUGAGGGGGACGUGCCCCAGGACCUGGAAGACACUCUGAAGGCCAUCGCUGACCCGAAUAGGACGGCGAGGAACAUGAGUUCUCCUCCGGGGAUCGGAGGAGAGAUGGACGAGGAGGAGGACGGAGACCAGGUCCAUCCUCUGGCCUCCUCCUACCAGGAGGUGCAGCUGAGGAAACAGAAGAUCCCAGCCAGCCAGAGUGCAGACGACAUUGCAAAGCGAGCGUCGAUGCCCCUCCCGCCAUCUCCCCUGGUGAACGUGAGGAGGUUCAACUACCCCGAUACUCCGACUCCGACAAACUCCACUCCGACACAUUCCCUACACAGACUCUCCAAAGUCUCCAACACAUCAAACUCCUCCAACAGCCCUCAACUCAAACCCAGACAAAGCAUGUUGCCACUAGGACCUGACUCCACCCUCAGGAGGAGACGAACCAUUGAGGACUACAGUCCUCUACACAGAGCAUGCAGAGAUGGUAAUGUGGCUGCUAUAUGGGACAUGCUGAAUGGCUCUGUACUGGCUGAUCUUGAGGAGCUGACAUUCAAUGCUAGCUCCUACACACCUCUCUUCCUUGCCUUCCUCAACGACCACUACCAGGCAAUGGAGUGUCUACUGGAGCACGGAGCAGACCCGUCAGCCACGGAGCCCCUCAACAGGGCCUCCGUCCUCCACCUGGCCUGCGAGAGAGGCUGCUCUGACGUCGUCGAUCUACUCCUGGCGUACAACGUUGACGUGGACCAGGCUGACUCACGGGGGAACACCGCUCUCUGGCAGGCCUGCCGCAACGGACACCUCCACAUCGUCGAGAAACUGCUUCAGAAAGGGGCUCAGGUGAACACUGCAGGAGAGAACUACAGAACUCCUCUCCACGAGGCCGCCUCCUCUGGCCACGCCUCCAUCGUCGAGACCCUGUUGGUGGGAGGCGGAGCUGACCCUUGUCCCCGUGACAACCACAAUGCCACUCCCUAUGACCUGGCCUACAACGAGGGACACGAAGAGGUGAUGAGUGUAUUGCAGAGGUUGAUACCGGAGGAGGUGCGGCCUUACUCCCUACUCCACUCCUAUACCCCACCCCGACACCUCAUGAUCACCUCACUCGUCUUCACUGACUCCAACACCCUGGUCUCCGGCUCCAGAGACUGCCACGCGACAUUCUGGGAGAUGGGUGAGGAGGAGCUGAGUGUGAAACAGAGGGUGCGGCAGCAGGACUCGGUGCUGGGGGUUGAGAAAUGGGCGGAGCAUCUUGUGGUCUCCUCGACCUUUGUCACCCUCAACAGUCUGGGUUAUCCCGGUCAGCGGAGGAUAGUUGCCGAUGACUCCCAGGAAGAUGAGAGCCUCACAGAUCCUCCGCUACAUUUUGCGUCAUUUGGAGCGGAGGGGGUGCUGGCGACGGCCUCGGUGGAGGGUCACGUGGUGAAGGUGUGGCCACCCAUGACCCCACAGGCCGGUCUCCCCGUCCAACCUCAGACAAGACUGGAGGUCGGGGUCUCUAAAGACACCCCACAGCCUGGCAUCAUUCACAGUCUGAGUGUGUCGCGGUCAAGAGAGCACCCGUGGAUAGCAGUGGGCCUCCAGCCUGGGUCUCUGUUUGAGCCUCAGGGGAACAAGACUGUCCAUCUCUACAACUGGAAGGAGGGGAAGGUCCACCAAAUCUUUGAUGCAGGUAGAGGUGGUCUCUCAGUUACUGUACACACCACUUUCUCUCCAUGUGGACGACAACUAGCAGUUGGGUGUCACGAAAACUUGUGCAUCUGGGAACCGGAUACCGGGGAUUUGCUCUACAAAUUUACUACCUCAAAAAAGCUAGCGGUGACGGGACUGAGCUACUCUCCAAAUGGAGCCCACCUGGCAGUGGGUUUGGCGUCCGGGGAGGUACAGGUGUUUGACAUUGAGUCCAACACCUCCAUUUUCACACUCCAGUCACACCAUGAGUAUCCUGCACCAGCAGUCGCACUGGCUUAGCUCAUGAGGACGGCCACUGCUGGCAGUGUAUGUCACAGAAUGGACAGAAUACAGAUUGGAGAGUUUGCUAUAGUAUGUACCAGUUAUUACAGUGAAACUCACUACAAACACUCUUUCUUGCAGCUUACACAGACAUAAAGACUAAUAAACACAUUCCACUUUAAAGUGUAUUGUCCUGGAUUCUCUUUUGUGUCUAUAUCACUGCUACACUGCCCUACACUCUUCAC